ACCAUCCACAGCUUCUAUCACUCCAUCGAAAGUUUCCUUCACAAUCAUUCUGUUUCUGAUUCAGCAAAAAUGGCAAGCAAGGAGUCCAAGUUUCCACCUCAGAGCCAGCAAACUCAGCCAGGAAAAGAACACGUAAUGGAUCCACUCCCACAAGCCAUACAUCCUGAACACAAGCCCGCCAAUAAACUCCAGGGAAAAGUGGCGUUGGUGACAGGAGGUGACUCAGGAAUUGGUAGAGCAGUUUGCCUGUGUUUUGCAAAAGAGGGUGCAACCGUGGCCUUUACAUACGUAAAAGGCCAUGAGGACAAGACAAGUGACGCAGACAAUCCAUUGGCUAUAGCAGCGGAAAUUGGCUUUGAUGAGAACUGCAAACAGGUCAUUGACCUAGUUGUGAACGAAUAUGGUCACCUUGAUGUUCUAGUGAACAAUGCAGCUGAGCAGCAUUUGACAAACUCUGUAGAGGAAAUCACACAACAGCAGCUUGAAAGAGUUUUUGCGACCAAUAUCUUUUCACAGUUCUUUUUGGUCAAGCAUGCUCUGAAGCACAUGAAAGAAGGGAGCUGCAUCAUCAACUCUACUUCAGUUAAUGCCUACAAUGGAAAUCCAGAAGCGUUGGACUACACUGCUACAAAGGGAGCUAUUGUUGCCUUCACUAGAGGACUUGCUCAGCAGCUGGUAAGUAGGGGAAUUAGGGUGAAUGGUGUGGCACCGGGUCCAGUUUGGACGCCAAUACAACCUGCUUCCAAGCCUUCUGAGAUGAUUCAGAACUUGGGGUUUGAGUUGCCAAUGGAGCGUGCAGCUCAGCCAUGUGAGAUUGCACCAUGUUAUUUGUUCUUGGCAACCUCUCAGGACUCUUCCUACUAUACUGGCCAAGUUCUCCAUCCGAAUGGUGGGAUGAUCGUCAAUGCUUAAUAUAUUGGGUUCUUUUACAGUGUUGAAAGUUUACUUGCUUACACCCCACUGAAUAAGCAGUGUUGCAGCAUAUGCCUUUAAUAAACCGAGUUAUUUAUGUUUGCAGCAUAUGCCUUUAAUAAACCGAAUUAUUUAUGCUUCUGUGUUUCUGUGUAUUUUACGUUAAAAUAUAUUGUGUUUGCAGCAUAUGUCUUUAAUAAACCGAGUUAUUUAUGCUUCUGAGUAUUUUACAUUAAAAUAUAUUGUAUUUGAAGCAUAUGUCUUUAAUAAACCAAGUUAUUUAUGCUU